AUGUUUUCUAAAAAAUAUCAAAAACACAGAAAAUUUACACCCACCACUGCAACUGUGGACACGAUUCCCGCCCGCGUAGUAUGGGCCGCCGUUGAUCACGACGCCGAGCUACCGUGCGACAUCACCGCUCCGGGGCCACAGGACGGCGUGAAGCUGGUGCUGUGGUUCAAGGAUUCCACCGGCAUACCGCUGUAUUCGCUGGACUCCCGAUCCGGUGUUCCGAUAUCGGCCGCCCAGCACUCGACGAUUGCCAGCGAUCUCGGCCAGCGGUUGUUCUUUUCGGUGGGUAGCUCGCCGAAGGAGGCGCGGCUGCAGAUCCGGAACAUUAAAACCACGGACGGCGGUGUUUACCGCUGCCGGGUGGAUUAUUUCAAUUCACCAACGCGAAACUAUCGGGUUAACUUAACGCUAGUUGUGCCACCGGAGGAACCUCGGAUAUUCGACGCUCAGGGCAAGGAAAUAUCGACAGUUGCCGGACCUUUUCGGGAAGGACAUGAGCUGUUUCUGUCUUGCCAAGUAUCUGGAGGUCGACCUCCGCCGCGGGUUUCGUGGUGGCACGAUGGCGUGGAGAUAUCUGGCACCAGUCAUCCGUCCGCAGUCGAUGGCGCAUCUGCAAUAGUUAAUCAACUGUUCAUAGGAACCGUUUCUCGGGAUCUGUACGGAGCCAAGUUCGUAUGCAAGGCAGCUGGCUCCAAGCUGGUACCGCCGGUUUCGAAGGAUGUCUCCAUCCAAGUACACUUAAAGCCACUGCGGGUGAAAAUCGUUACCCCCAACGAGCUACUCACUGCCGGCCGUCCCGUACCAAUCAGGUGCGAAGCAUGGGGAUCCUUCCCGGCGGCCAAAGUCGUCUGGCUGCUGGAUGGAGAACCGUUGCGAAGUGCCGACAUCACUGUACAUAGCGAUAGUAAUGAUGCAAAUCUUACCUCCAGCAUACUGACACUCCGGGUGACGGCCGAAAAUGAUGGUGGCGAGCUUUCGUGCCGGGCGUCCAAUCCAUGGUUCUCAGGCGGUGCAAUUGAGGAUAAGCGGAUAAUUAGUGUUGCCUACGAACCGGUCGUAUCGGUCCAUCUGGCCAACGAGGAUCCGGCUCGAGUCAUCACCCGUUCCGAAGGGGAAAAUGUCACACUCAAGUGCCGGGCGGAUGCGCGGCCACCGGUCACUUCUUUUGCCUGGUAUAAAAAUAACAUGCGAAUGUCUGGCGAAAGUGGCGAAACAUUGCACCUCAUCCAGCUGGAGCGGGAAAGCGCCGGUUCCUAUGCGUGCGCAGCAUCAAACACUGAAGGAGAAACGCGUAGCUCGUCCAUCACCUUGAAAAUUCAAUAUGCCCCUCGUUGCAAGCCUGGCUCGGAACAAACGUCGGUUGGUUCACUGAACAUGCACUCGUUGCACGUUAAAUGUGAGGUGGAAGCCGACCCACCGGAUGCCGUCCGAUUCAGCUGGACCUACAACAACACUCGGAACGUUUCACCGGUGCUGAAUUCACGCAUCAGCUCGCACGGUCUGGUCAGCACCAUGACCUACCUGCCGCAGUCCGAUUCGGAGCUGGUCACACUGGCCUGCUGGGCCAUGAACAGCGUCGGCCGUCAGACGGUGCCAUGUCUGAUACACAUUUUACCUGCAAAGACACCGGAAACGCCCCGUAACUGUGAGCUGCACAACGACACCGUUCCAGAGGUGGUUUGCCAGGCCGGCAAUGAUGGUGGCCUGUCACAGAGCUUUCUGCUGGAGGUGAUUGGUGGGGCGGUACCGUCUGCUUUCAACCUGGACUACACCCGGAGCCCGCCGACCGAGGUCGACAACGAAAUUUCCACUAUGAAUGAUCAGGCAACAUUAGCGCCGCUAUUUCGGAUUCAGGAACAGCAACCACAGUUUAAGCUGCACAGCUUGGAACCGGGUCGGGACUAUCAGCUGCUGGUGUACGCGGUAAAUGCAAAAGGCAAGAGUGACCCCCCGUUCGUGAUCGACAAAGUGCGGGUCGGAUCGGUACUAAUUCCACCCUACGUGGACGAAACCAUCAUCUCGGAGGACCCCACGCCGGCGGAAACGUCCAACGCCGACAAGCAGAAGCAGCACUCGCAGAUGGUGAUGUUCGCUGCGGUGGCAGCGGCCGCCGGUGUCAUCAUAAGCUCGAUCAUGGUCGCCGGUUUUGUCGCGAUAUGCCGGCUCAAGCGACCGAAACCGCCGGAACCGCAGGAAGUGCGAAAGCGAAUGCGACCUGCCAGAACCGAUGUGCCAUCGAUGUACGCCGAGGAUGACGUUUUCGAGGACGAGUUCCAGCAGCGGCACCCGGGCGAUACGCGGUGCAGCCGGGCCUCCUCUACCCUGCGGAGUAGCCGCUACAUCUCCGAGGGAUUUGUACAGUAUUCACAGCCUAGUUUAAAUGUCUAUAUUGCAGAUCCGGACCUAAUUCUUCCACGCGGCAGCGAGAUGGAGUUCACAACGUUGUCAGGAGCUUAA